CUCCCGAGGAAGGAACUUCGCGCGUGCCUCUCGCGGGAUCUUUUUGGCGAGAUUUCUAUAACGCAGGCAAAGCAGUAUCUCGCGGGAAGUUGAACCGGAAAAGUGAGGGUUGGAAGCGAAUGCGGGUGAAGCUCGCGCGUGAGGCUGUGCUUUUGGUUUCCUGGAGGUUUUGGAUGCUGGAUGGUUAAACCUCUUGUUCGGCAUCUCCCAGCGGGAUAAUGUUGACCAGGCUGAAGACAAAAUCAGAGAGGAAGCUUGCAAAACAAAUUUGCAAAGUUGUAUUGGAUCAUUUUGAAAAACAGUAUUCCAAAGAACUUGGAGAUGCCUGGAAUACAAUAAGGGAUAUACUAAUGACACCAUCAUGCUGGCAAUAUGCUGUCCUUCUUAACCGAUUCAAUUAUUCUUUUGAACUGGAAAAAGAUUUACGUUUAAAGGGCUAUCACACACUCUUUCAAGGAUCUUUACCCUACUAUCCCAAAUCAAUGAAGUGUUACCUUAGUAAAACUCCAGACAGAAUGCCUUCAGAAAGACACCAAAUUGGAAAUCUAAAAAAAUACUAUCUCCUGAAUGCCGCCUCUCUUCUCCCAGUAUUGGCUCUGGAGUUAAGAGAUGGGGAGAAGGUUCUGGAUCUGUGUGCAGCUCCUGGAGGCAAAUCAAUAGCUCUGCUGCAGUGUGCUUAUCCAGGUUAUCUUCACUGUAAUGAACAUGAUAGUCUGAGAUUGAGGUGGCUGAGGCAGACGUUAGAAUCAUUCAUCCCGCAGCCUUUGGUAAAUGUAAUUAAAGUGUCUGAAUUGGAUGGCAGAGAAAUGGGAGAUGCCCAGCCUGAAAUGUUUGACAAGGUGUUAGUUGAUGCUCCGUGUUCAAAUGAUCGAAAUUGGUUGUUCUCUUCUGAUUCUCAGAAGGCAGCCUGGAGGAUAAGCCAAAGGAGCAAUUUGCCUGUUCUGCAGAUAGAACUCUUGAGGUCUGCAAUUAAGGCCUUACGCCCUGGAGGGUUACUUGUGUACUCUACAUGCACACUUUCCAAGGCAGAAAAUCAAGAUGUCAUCAGUGAAAUUUUAAACUCCUACAGUAACAUCAUGCCCGUGGACAUUAAGGAAAUGGCAAGGACUUGCUCCCAAGACUUCACAUUUGCUCCCACUGGCCAGGAAUGUGGACUCUUGGUGAUACCAGAUAAGGGCAAAGCCUGGGGCCCAAUGUAUGUGGCCAAAUUGAAAAAAUCAUGGACUACGUGAAAUUGGUGACUUGCAUUUUGUAAACCAUGUCAAUGUGUUAUUUUAUUUGUUUUCCUGAGCUCUUUCUGUUUUAACAUUUAAAUAAUUAUGGAGUCAUUUUCCCUGGGUCUGUUUGGAAUCCUAUUUAGUUAAUACUUGGCAUCUCAGAAUUUAGGCUUGAGAAUUUUCCAGGUGUAUUUUUUUCCUGAAAAUACAUCUAUAGCACUGGUUUAAGGUGUUGCAGAUGGUGUUUGUUCUGUAUAAUACAUCUCCUGUCUUUUAGUUGGCAUUUUGUAGUUAAAUUAGUCAGAAUACAUGGUUUUAUGCAUAAUGUGUUUAGCAAUACAUUCUAUCCAUGAUGUUGGUGCUUUGAACCUUUAAAAAUGCACAUUUCCUGGCCCUUUCAUAAUUUUUCUCCUUAUCAAAUAUACAGAUUCUUUAGAAGUCCCACCCCCUAUCCUUUUUCUGUAAGAACUGAUUAGAAUUCCGAGACUAACUUCUUAAGCAGCACUAUUUCUAGUUCUAGAAAAUAGGUUUCUUAUUUGCCACGUUGUUUUCUGCUAAGGACUGUCUUCUGUUUACUGCAAAGGUCAGUGACUCUAUUGACACCAGCUUUAUUUCUCCACUUUUUUUUGUAUUCACAAAUACAAAUUGAAAGGGUAAAUUAUGUUGAAAGGCUGUUAGAACAGCAGAUUCACAUGCGCAAGUUUGACUUUCGACAUUCAGGUUGUAGAAUAAUGGAGUCUAUCCAGCAGGCUAUAAAGCAAGUACUUGAAACAAAACCAGAAUGAUUAAUAACUACAAUAACUGAACUAUAUUUGGAGAGUUUUGUUACAUAAUUGCAGUCAUAAUGAGCACUACAGAAUCUGAUUAUCUUACCGUUGCAAUCUGGAGGGGCUUUUUAUUUCACUCUGCUAUGAAAUGUUAUAUGAGAAUAUGAUGUCACAUAUUAAUGCACAAGACGGAGAUGCCUAAUGAGAGUGGAUUAUACUAUUACCAGAGCCCAAUACCAUUUACUGAGUGACUCUUUCUGUUUACAUAUAUCUGGGAAUCUUGUAUACAUUUCUGUAUAUGAACUUAGGGUUUUAGCUUCAGGUUUGGAUCAUGUGUUUUCUCUAGAAAUUACUUCACUUAGAGUCCAAAUGUACUUUUCCAACUAUUAAGAAAAAUUCUGCAGCAUACUUCAAAAGAGAAUAUCUAUUUGGAAAUUAACUUAAAAAAAUAAACUAACUAUAGAAAUAGAAAAUUCUGCUGAAGCUGAAUCUUUUUGAAUUUGUUUACUAUAUUCUAUGCAUUUAAACUACAGACUGCUCAUUAACUGUUUUUUUUUGGUAUGUUUCUUUGUUUUUGUUUUUGUUUUUGUUUUUUUUUAAUUUGCAAGCAUAUAUAACGAGUUUCCUAUAGCUGGGAAUGAAAAACCAGAUCUCUUGGACUCAAUGAAAUAUACUGGAUUAAUACAGAAAAUUAAUGAUAAUGGAAAACUUAUUUAUUUAUUUAAGUUUGUGCUUGUUUUGUUUUUUUUUUUUCAGUUUGAAACCCUGUCUUCAGUUAUUAUAGAUUUAAAAGUGCAUUUAUUCUGUGUAGGUUAAUCACUAAGUAAAUUUUCAUAGUGCA